UGCGUCAUUGCGUCACUUGCAGCGCGAUUACGUCACUUCCUACUUCCGUGCGCGACGACGUCAUCACGCAACGUGGACCCGUCGUAGAUUUUUUUUUUUAAAUCGUUACAAUGGUUUUGCUUAGAUUUACAGAAAAACGAAUGAAUCAUUCGUACUUACAAUCACCGUAAAACCAUCGUGGUCGUAAUAAUAUCGGGGAAGAAACAUUCGUCGCCAAAACAACAAUCCUUCCGAGGCGGUUCGGUGAGUAGCUGACGAGCGGCCGGACGAGCGCGCACGUGACCGAUGGAGCUGCCGAACUACGCGCACACGUUGCUGCGCCGCCUGUCUACGUUGCGACGCCAGCAGCGGUUGUGCGACGUGACGCUGAUGGCGGGCCGCGUGGCUUUCCGCGCACACCGGGCCGUCCUGGCGGCUGCCAGCCCCGCGCUGCUCGGGGCGCUGCUGCUGGAGGCUGAUGCUGCCACGCUCUCCGUCGACCCCUCCAUCGCCACUGCCGAUGAGAUCGCGCUGCUCCUGGAGGUGGCAUACGCCGGUACUAUCCCGCCGGGCCGGCAUAAUGCCACCAGACUCGUGCAAGUUGCCGAGGGGCUGCAGAUGAGCGAUGUGGCAGACGCGUGCCGUGCGGCGCUGGGCGCGGUUUCCGGCGGUUUCACUGAUCCCCAACGUUCGGACGCCGAACCGCACUCGUCACCGCCACCAAUCAUCACUGUGUGCCCCUUAUCUGAUGAAGACCCCGCCGCUAAGGAAGAGGGCGAGGCGUGGCAAUUCAUAUUCACUGAUGGCGGCGUCGCGUCUUCACUCCCCAUGACGUCACUCCCCGUGACGUCACUCCCCGUGACGUCACUCCCCGUGACGUCAAUCCCCGUGACGUCAAUCCCCGUGACGUCAAUCCCCGUGACGUCAAUCCCCGUGACGUCAAUCCCCGUGACGUCAAUCCCCGUGAUGCCAAGUGUGGAGAAAAAUGCCUCUAGUGUAAAUGAGGGCGACGGGACCAGAAAGACUCCUGCAGGCACACCGCUCCCUGUGACGUCCGUCCUCGUGACAUCGCUUCCUGUGCUACCUUCCGAUGCCACGACCUCACUUUCCGAGCCGCCCCCUGCAGUGCAGGAAGUGAAGUCGAUUGUGCCAUCGCCGGCCGGAAUCGGUGCAGUGCGGGACCCGGAGGCGGUGGCGCCGGCGCUAAUCCAUCGCCGGCGUCUCAAAGCCAGGCUGGUCGGCACCUCAGCCACUCCAGCCACUCCACUGACAGCACCACCAACCACACCACAGCAACCGCCGCCGUCCGGCCACACUACCGCACCCACUGCCACUACAACCGCCGCCACCACCGCCGCCACCACCACCGUAACCACAUUCGACGAGGGGCAGCAGCGUGAGGAAGCGUGUAAACGUGGAGCCACGCGCAGGAAGAGGGUGGCGCCAGCCGCGGCGGUGAAGGAGCCGGUGCCGAGUCCCGGGUCCCUGCGCAGUACUCCCCCCGUGGCCCCCCUUGCUGACACGGCAGAAGAGAUUGGGGGUAGAGAGAAGGCGUCUGGCCCUACAUCCCGGAAGAAGCGCAGAAAGCGACCUCCCAUUGCGUGCAACCUGUGCGGGAAGGUGUUCCAGUACAUGGCCGGCAUGCUGUACCACCAGCGCUCGGAACACUUUGCGGAGAAGCCGUUUGCGUGUGGCGAGUGCGGCAGCCGCUUCGCCGCCGCCUCCACGCUCAAGAACCACGAGCGUCUCCACACGGGCGAGCGCCCGCACGCAUGCCCACACUGCCCCCUCGCCUUCCCACAGGCCGCGGCCCUCGCAUACCACCUCAAGCGGAAGCACGCCAUGGGCCGGCUGUACAGCUGCCAGUACUGCGAGGCCGCGUUUCCUCAGGCGGUGGAGCUGACACGCCACGUGCGCACGCACACGGGGGACCGGCCCUACGUGUGUCGCCCUUGCGGCAAGGGCUUCAGCCAGGCCAACGGACUCUCGCUGCACCUCCGCACCCACCACCUCAUAGAGGAACCCAAUGACUGUCAGAAGUGCCACUUGAGUUUCCCUUCAGCCGAGGAGUAUUUUAAUCACAUCAAAGAGACACACCCAAACGAGUGCUUCCCAUGCGACCACUGCCAGCGCACCUUCACCACUCCCGCCGCCUUGGAGCGACACCUGGUGACUCACCUGGGAGGCAAACCCUACUCCUGUGACGUGUGUUGCAAGGCCUACCAGCACCUGUCAGGGCUGUGGUACCACAACCGCGUGCAUCACCCAGCGGUGUUUGCCGCUCAGAAUCGCCGCAGCACCGCGCGGGCCGGACCUCUCGUCUGCCACCUUUGCGACACCACCUUUGAUGGCAAAGCGGCAUACAUCCGGCACAGCAAGGCCCGCAACUGUGAGUCCCAGCCACAGCUGUGUGGCCUGUGCCAGGCCGUGUUCGCCGACAGCCAUGCGUUGCACAACCACCUCAAGAGCACACACCCCGGAGGCCUGGCCUUCUGCUGCCCCAGCUGCCCCCUCUCCUUCCGGCAUCAAUCAGCCCGGCAGCACCACUGCACCACUGAGCACCCGGUUCCACCUCCACUCGCGCCGUCCCCGCCGCACCUCGCCGCAUCCUGCGCAGGUCCUGCCGAGCAUGCAGUGACAGCACCCACGAGAGAGCGGAUGACGAUACUGAUCAUACAAGCGGAUGGUGGCGAUGGUGGCGGUGGUGGCGGCAAUGGCGGUGGUGGUGUUGACACAGGAGUUGCUCAGGGCACUCUGCGAAUUACCGAAUACAGGGAUAAUGAAGAUGUCGGCACGGCCGACUGGACGGCAGCAGAGGCGCCAGUGCAUGAUGCAGCCGCGGAAGGCACAGCCGCAGCUGCUGUAGCCACCUCGCCCGACACGGCCACGCAUGACACAACCACUCCAGCUAAAACCGGACUCGGCAAUGCGAAGGCUGAUGAAACACCAGCCAACAUAGCUACAGUUGACAAAACAGCACAUAAUAUAAAUGGAGCUGAUAUGACAGCACACAACAUAGCUGGAGCUGACAUAACAGCUCAUGAUGUCGCUACAGCUGACAUAACAGCUCAUGAUGUAGCUACAGCUGACAUAACAGCACAAAGCAUACCUACAGCUGGUAUAACACCUCAUGACAUAGCUCCAUUUGAUAUAAUAGCACAUGAUGUAGCUAGGGAUGAUAUAACAACUCAUGUCGUAGCUACAGUUGAUAUAACAGGACAUAUAGCUAGAGCUGAUAUAACUCAUGACAUAGCUACAGUUCAUAGAACAGCAGCUGACAUAACUACAGAUGGCAUAACAACACCCAACAUAACUUCUGCUGACAUUACAGCUGAUAUAACAGCAGCUGACUUACACUCGCCCGAUAAAGCAACAGAAGAAAGGACGCCUCCUGAUAUAUCGACACACGACAUGACCACGACAGAAUUUUUCUUUUGAUGACUUCAUCCCUCGAGAAUUGAGCAUGAUAUGUACCAGAGGGGGGGGAGUAGUGGGGGAGGAAAUGUGAGAGAAAUUGAGAAGUCAAAACAUCGAGAGAAUGUUCUACACAAGUCAACACACUUGACAGAAGCAUCGACGAUUACAAUCCAGCACUCCGUCAGCGUUCUUACAAGCAGUAGAAUGUGGGCCUGCAAGGCGAGUUAUGUACAAGUUCAAUUCUUUUUUUGUCCAAUUUAAGUGCCGUUUAUGCGAACGCAAGUUCUUUUGAAAAUCGAAAGGAUGUACCAGUAUUCCCUCGUUAUUCACGAACUUGUUACCCGUGAUUUUGGUUAUCCGCAAAUCGCAUCUGGAACUCUACACCACUGCCUCGAGGGAGAUAGAGAAAGUGAUGAGAUAGAGUGAUGAUGCAUAGCAUCAUCAUAAUUUAAUGUAAGUUCACUUAUAAACUGAUAUAUUUUCAUAUUUAUUUAGAUUUACUUUGUUUAUUAUUUUAAAAAAUUGCGUUAUAAUAUUCAUGUAUUUUAUAGCUUGUUUAUGUAUUAUGACAACCCAUAAAAAAUGCCAUAAGCCAAUAUUCGAGAAAUUUGCCAUUCAGAGCCAUCUCCGGAACGUAUCCCUUCCAAAUAACGAGGGCAUACUGUAUACGCAUCUUCUACAUACACUACAAAAGACUUGCCCUACUCGUGAGCGGUUCAUGGCCGUUAUAUCUCAUGGAAGAAAUAUAUUGUGUUUUCGGUAACGUGGCCUCGCGACAGAACGGUUGCCGCUUGUUGCAAGAGGAUCAUGGUUCGAAUCCAGCGACUGCCCUGAUUAUUACUGCGGGGGUGAUAACCGUGAUACCGCUACUAUAACCUUAGGGAUCAUCGGACAAUCAUUUGCGAGAGUAUGCCGUUGUGUGCUGGCGUCCAGGUCCAAAUGUGGUAAAUUUGAAAAACUACAAAUUACUCAAUUAUGAUGAUACAGCAGCAGCAAUCAUAGCCCCCUUGUGGCAAAAUAAUUCCCCGAGUCACUCUUGCAAAUGAGACUCACCCUGGUCUCUUGGAUUCUAAACUGGUUAAACUGAAUAAAAUUUUUACUUAACAUUUCGGGAUGCACUGAAAGUGGUUCAAGUUAAAAUAGGCAACAACUAAUAUGUUACAUUAAAUCACAGUUAUAAACGUGACAAAACAAGCAUGACGUAUUUUGUUCACUCCACUAGCAGUUACAGAAUUGACUGAGGAAGCAGUUGUCAGGUUAAAUACUGCACCCCUAUAAUACCCCAUUAGUGCGACUAAGAUGCAGUGAUGGGUAAAUAUAAUUUGCAAGCCAUUUCAAAGCAGUGGGCCUUGUGUUUACACGGGCCAUAUUAAAUAAAGUUGGCAGCCUUAUCCACUCCACGCCUGAUCUACAAGCAUGCAGGUGUAGUGAGUUCAACUGAGUUGCAGACGUUCACUUUGGAGGCAACACAUUUAUUAAUACCAACACAAAGGGGUAACUGUCCCUUAACCAGAUAACAAGCUCUGGUGGUGGACCACCAGGCUAACUACACUAAUUACACCGUAAUUAGCUACAACGGAUCGGACCACAGCUCGAGUCCAGGUCCACGUGUUGGAGAGUCUGUAGGACGUAGAAUGUAGAUUUUUUUUUCAGGAUGAACAAAAGCAGCCAGUCCCUCUCGGGGACCCAGCUUAUAUCUUCUGCGGCAUGGCUGGCUCUGCCCUUGGCCACGACCACCUUCGAAAAUCUUGGGGCAGGAUCUCGGACCUGACACGUGACCACCCCUAGCCCCCACCUGGGGGCCCUGUGUAGACUUUACCGGUCACGUGUCCUUCGUGGUCAACCAGAGUGCCACGGCCCUUAGUAACCCCAUUCCCAUGGCCGGCACUCUCACACCCUAUUCUGUCGGGUUCGGCACUGCACGCAGAGCGUGGUGCCAUCCAGCACUGCCAGUCAGCGCUCCCCGAGCCCCUCUAGGGCCGGUACUGCACCCACAUAUGUGGUGCCCACGAUGUCAAUACAUCGCAUGCCGUGCCUCUCUCGGGCCGGCAUUACACAGUAACAUCCGCGAUAUCACUACACAGGUAAUAAUGAGUGAUUUGUACAAGUCACAUAACACAUUGCCAAUGACUUAUUUUCAAGGGCUGCUACAUUCUUUAUUUUAUUUUACCAGGUGAGGUCCACUGAGCUAUAUAGCUCUUUUUCAGAAGCGACCUGGCCACAAAUUAUAGCUGAACGAAGUGGCUUAUGUGAAAAUUGAUCGCAGCCAAAUACGUGUUGAAUCUAAAUGUGGAGGGAAAAACCUGAGGACCCAGAAAAAAAUUUGACGCGACCACGGGAAAAAUAUUCAAAUUCCAAAUAUACAGCAGGCGUCAGGGUUGGGAUCGAACCCCUGCAUACCAGGCGAGGUAGUUAACAUCUAGCCACCGUGACGCCCCAUUCUUUGUUCACAGACGUUGCAAAUACUUUUCGGCUGGACCUGGUUGCUAAAAAGAUGAUGGCAAAAAUAUCGAUAUGUAAAUUCCUGUCAAUAGCUCUCUCCGAUGCAUGUAUUCGGUUGAACGCAUGUUUUUUUCGCACUGUCCUGACAUCACUCCACCUGCUGCGAGCUUCCUGAUUUCAGAUCUUGGAGAAGCUCCCAGCAUGCGCAGCGCAAGCCAAACCCGCAUUGGAGAGCAGCACAUCACAACUGCGAAAACCUACACAGCAUUUGGUCAACGAUAGCAAUAUUAACCGCAACAUAAAAUACCUUUUUUUUUUAAACGCCAUUCACCACAGCACAAAAAAAAACCAUGAGAAUGCACAAAUUCGUGAAUCGUGCAACAACCACAGUGACAUGGGUUGACAUUGCAUCUGCUUUAAGUUAUGCCUGUUAUGCCCCUGGCUCAGGUUCAAGGCUCGCAUGAAAUGAUUGGUGAAUAAUGAGCACCAAUGCGUGCGUGGUGUUUAAAAUGGGGUGACCGGUAAAUCGUUACAAACCAUUCUUAAGUGUUUACCACAAAUUGCUUGUGGCUGAGGCAUUUAAAUGUUAAAAUAUGUUUAGAAUUCAUAUUCUUGGUUCUUUUGGUAAAGUCACGUAGAUAGAAAACUAAAAUAAAAAUAAUUAAAUUAAAUAAAAAUGAUUUAAUUUAUAAAUUGAAAAUUAAAGCAAAAACCCCACAAUAAAAAUAUUAAAAUUUAAAAUAAAUUGAAAAAUAAAAGCAAAAAACCCACGACGUUUCGAUCGCAACACAAGUGGUCUUCAUCAGGCGGAGAGAAAAGAGGGGGCAAGCCUCCAAAUGCAACUGCUUAUAAGGGUUUCCAAAGUGAGUGGGCUGAGGACGAGAGCUGCGCAAGCAGCACGGGCGGGGCAGCCAACGCUAAUGUCGGAGCAGACAAUGGGGCCGAGGAAGGGGGCAGAGAGAGGGCAGCAUAGAUGGGGGGUGGGGCAUUGCACCUCGCUACACACAUUCACACUGCUGACAGUAGAGGCUGACCAGAAAACACAAAUAAAGUCAUGACCCAAAGUGGUUGAUGACAUCUUUCCAAUUAUUUCUGAGUUUAAAACCGUCGUCUCGGUUGAAAUUGUGUCUAUAUAUGGAUGGCUUCGUGAAGGAAUCUUUGUUGAUAGCCAGUCGGCUUGUAAAGUACCAUCGUCUUAGAGAAAUCAAUUUCAUGCAACGAGUAUGGAAACCUGACAAGUUAGCGGAAGGUUAGGGGGUAGGAAAAAAAAUAAAGAUGAAUUCAUCGAUUCCUUCUGCAACGCAGUAACAGGGUUCAAAUCUUCACGCCCACCACGGCGUUGUGACGCGUUUUGCCUAAUUUCUAUCCAUAUCCACCAUUGCCUGCUGCAGUGUUCUUAAUUGCAAGGUCCGUGGGCCACUGGCAGCCCCAGGUGUCCUUUAGUGCGGCCCCCAGACAAUACACAGUGAAAACAUCCCAUCAUGCUUUCAAACCCAAUGGCGGCCAUCACUGAUGUCUUAUCAGCGAAAGUGCCCCCCCCCCCCUGAAAAUGAGUGAAGAACACUUAGCCUACAGUAUGAACCAGAAGAGGUCACUUGUUGAAGGUGGUGGCUCAGAGAUGGCACUGAUUUCCUCUUCUGCGGGCCCUUCUCGAGCGUGGAGAUCUGUGUGCAUCUCGCUGUGCGAGAGUCAGAAUAGAUCCUUCGUCUCGUGGCACCGCUGACAACAUCUAGUUACAACUUGGUGGGGGAGGGGGGGAGACAAAACGUCCUGAAAUAACCAAUGGUGGUCCUGGACAAAAUGGUGGACAUUCCACGUUUUCAUGGCGAAACGAGUAUGAAUGUAUAAUGAUCACAGUUGAUUCCGCACAUUACCUUGAAUAUUGUUUUGUUAUAGCCAGUAGUUAUUUUGUUUUUAGAAUACAAAACUAUUGAGAACAUGUCUGACCUGUUUUGUGUUUAUUUUUCAACGGGGCACUGCCUGAAUGUAAUAAAGCAGCUUGAUAGCCAUGUCGAUGUGAGGAGCCACAUCGGCCAGGUUCCCAUUGAGAGGCGAGACGAACUGCGAUCCCUUUCACACAAUUGACUGGUGUGAUGAAGUA